AUGGAGCUCCUGGAAUUAUACUACGAUGUCCUCAUUAAGAUAAUAGAAGAGGUGGAACCUGAAGACUUGGCUGCUUUGGCGCAGACCUCAAUCGGUUUCAAUCAUUUCGUCAAAGGCAACGAAAUGUUGUAUAAGGCCCACUAUUUGAAGAACUUUGAUGAUCCCCGGCGGCGACCAACAGAUCCCGCGCCGGAUUGGAUCGCAGAGCUCCAACGACUCGUCAAGCUUCGCAAGAUUCUUCAGUCACAGAGCCCAGACGUGAAGUCUGCAAACAUGGAUUUCGUGCUCGAAACAAUCAGCACACUAAUCAAAACUGGCACAGAGAGCGAAGGCUUAUCCCUCAAUUGUGGAGAGCUCACAAAGCUCUUUUCCAAUCCUCAAAAUGCCGAUAUGUUCAUGCAUAGGUCCUCGCUUUACCGCAGAGCAGGGAUGGAAACCCAGUCUCAGGCACAGAGUCUAGAGACCCGUCAGCAGAGCGCAAGACUGCAUUCUAUCUACGGCAUACCCAAAGACUCGACUGGCCGCCGUACGCUCUCCACACACCCGUUCGCUCGAUCACGUGUCUAUGAUUUGCGCAAUUACUCCAAGCGCUCGCGCUGGGGUCCGUUUCGCAACGAUGGCAGCAUGCGCGUUGACUGGGAACUCGUUGAAAGCAUAAUGGUGGUUUUAGGAUACAACAAUGGGAUCUGCUCACGCCGCUACAUGGACCGAUUCGUCCUCCCUUGGUCCGCACCCUUUGCGAAUAUCUUCCAAGAUCGAUUCGCGCACCUGCCCUUCACAGACCUGCAACCUCCAUUACCAAGCCUGACGAAGGAACCCAGUCUGCCUCUCGACUUUCAGGAUCCCUACAACGUCUCUGGAAUAUGGGCACGAAUAGUCUGCUUCCUCGAUUACGACGAUCUGUACGACUUCAAUUUCAACACGACCGCUGUGAGGACACCGGAGGACCAGCCUUUACCGCCGAUCACGAUGGAAGAGGCUGUCCGCCAUAUCAUGAUGCACCUGGAAGUGACGGCCGUCACUGCGCCUGGCAAAAACGAUAACCAGACGAUGCCUGUGAUACACUUUGACGGGAAGGCGCGCGCAGUGGACACGAACAUGGACGCAAAUGCUAAUUCGAGUAUAAGAGGGUGUGUCAGGAUGACGCCCGAGGGUGAAGUGCGAUGGAGCACUGUGUGGAUCUUCAAUGGCCACGAAGAACGUUGGCGCAGCGAGGCCAUUCAAGUUGGAGGGCUGCGAUCCAAGCGUGGCGUCGUCGGCGUCUGGUACGACAAGAGUUUCGAUCCUCAUGGGCCGGCGGGACCCACGGCGUUCUGGAAAGUAAAAGAACUUGCAAGUGGGACUGACGAGGAUGGAAAUGAUUCAGAUGAUUUUAUGGAGCUCUAA